AUGGUCAGCAAUCGUCUCGACAAGGUGCACAAGAAGAUUACGAAGAAGAAGGGAAAGAAUCCCAACCUGCACGAGGGCAGCCGAGAUACCAAGCGGCUACAGAGCGCAGCGCAGAGAGACGAAAAGCUCAAUCGCGUUUUCAGACAACGAAAAGAUCAAAAUCGAACAUACGAGCAUGUUGCAUCACUCAGCGUACCGGAGAUCCAGGCCAUGAUUGAGGAUUACUUGGGUCGCGAUGACGAAGAGCUGGCCCAACUGAAAGCAGCUCGUCGUCCGGGACGACCAGCAAGCACGCGUCAAAAUUUGUUGGAGAUCCACCAGAACACCGAGCGAGACGAGUAUGCCGCUGGCUUCUGGGUACCGGACCUUGAGGACGAACUCAACCUGAAGAAGCUGAAAGACUGGAACGGCGAGUGGGCUCAGCUGGCCACGCUCAAGUUUUCCAGAAUCUCAAAGGAGGGUUUCAAGAAGGAGUCUAGCUUCCCGCCCAAGGGCAUGUCAUGA